AUGAAGCCAGUGAGGGCUGUCACUCUUUGGUGGGUGCUACUGCUGGCGUCCAGGCUGGGGGCCACCAGGAAGGAAUCCCUAGAAGAGGCCUUCUACUAUGGAACCUUCCCACUUGGCUUCACCUGGGGCGUGGGCAGUUCCGCCUUCCAGACUGAGGGCGCCUGGGACCAGGACGGGAAAGGGCCCAGCAUCUGGGACACCUUCACGCACAGUAGGAAAGGGAAUGUGCUUGGGGAGGAGACUGCAGACGUGGCCUGUAACGGCUACUACAAGGUCCAGGAGGAUGUCGCUCUGCUGAGGGAGCUGCACGUCAGCCACUACCGGUUCUCCCUGUCCUGGCCCCGGCUCCUGCCCACGGGUGUGCGAGCUGACGGGGUGAACAAGAAGGGAAUCCAAUUCUACAGUGACUUCAUUGACGCCCUUCUGAACAGCAACAUCACCCCCAUCGUGACCCUGCACCACUGGGAUCUCCCACAGCUGCUCCAGGGCAACUAUGGCGGGUGGCAGAACGUGAGCGCGGCCAGCUACUUCAGUGACUACGCCAGCCUAUGCUUCGAGGCCUUUGGGGACCGGGUGAAGCACUGGGUCACUUUCAGUGACCCUCGGACAAUGGCAGAAAAAGGCUACGAGACGGGCCACCAUGCACCUGGACUGAAGCUCCACGGCACGGGCCUGUACCAGGCGGCACAUCACGUCAUUAAGGCCCAUGCCCAAGCCUGGCACUCCUACAACAACACAUGGCGCAGCAAGCAGCAAGGUCUGGUGGGGAUUUCAUUAAACUGUGACUGGGGGGAACCUGUGGACAUUACUAACCCCAAGGACAUAGAGGCUGCCGAGAGAUACCUACAGUUCUGCCUGGGCUGGUUUGCCAACCCCAUUUACGCCGGUGACUACCCACAAGUCAUGAAGGACCAUAUCGGAAGAAAGAGUGCAGAGCAAGGCCUGGAUAUGUCGAGGUUACCGGUGUUCUCACUCCAGGAAAAGAGCUACAUUAAAGGCACAUCUGAUUUCUUGGGAUUAGGUCAUUUUACGACUCGGUACAUCACAGAAAGGAACUACCCCGCUCGCCAGGGGCCCAGCUACCAGAACGAUCGUGACCUAGUUGAACUGGUUGACCCAAACUGGCCUGAUCUGGGGUCUAAAUGGCUACAUUCUGUGCCAUGGGGAUUUAGGAGGCUUCUCAACUUUGCUCAGACUCAAUACGGCAAUCCACCCAUAUAUGUGACAGAAAAUGGAGCAUCUCAAAAACUACACUGUACCCAAUUAUGUGAUGAGUGGAGAAUUCAAUACCUUAAAGGAUACACAAAUGAAAUGCUAAAAGCUAUCAAAGAUGGUGCUAAUAUAAAAGGGUAUACUUCCUGGUCUCUGUUGGAUAAGUUUGAAUGGGAGAGAGGAUACUCAGAUAGAUAUGGAUUCUACUAUGUCGAUUUCAACAAGAAAAAUAGGCCACGCUAUCCAAAGGCUUCAGUUGAAUACUACAAGAAGAUUAUCACUGCCAAUGGGUUUCCCAAUCCUCGAGAGGUGGAAAGUUGGUACCUCAAAGCCUUGGAAACUUGCUCUAUCAACAACCAGAUGCUUGCUGCAGAGCCUUUUCUAAGUUACAUGCAGAUCAUGACGGAGAUCAUGGUACCUACAGUCUGCACCCUCUGUAUACUAAUCGCUGCAGUUCUCCUGAUGCUUCUGCUGCGGAGCCUGAGCUGAGACAGGGUCAUCCAUUUUGUAGCUGCAUCUUUCACAGAGAACCUUUGGGAUCUUCUUCAGGAUCUUCCUCCUUUUUCUCCUUCGAAGGUUUACAUACAUCUGUUUUCAGGUUCUGUGAUAAUUACCUUCCCACCACCUCUCUCUCUCUCUCUUUUUGGCUUGAGCUGAUUGAAGAAUUAGAAAAUAAAAAUAAGCGUAAAUGAAAUAAAAAUCACCUGUAAUCU